UGUGGUUUUCUUUUGUGUGCAAUUCUUUAGUAUCGUUAAGAUGAUAAAAGUAAUUUUGUAAUACAGGGUGUGACGGCAACGAAAGUUCAAUGUGUUAUGUGCAAAAAACAAGAAGCUUCACUGCUUAUCUCUCCUUACCUGCAACAGCUAUUUUAUCACGUUUUUGCUAAGUCACAAGAACUACUGUAGUUACAACAUUAGCAAGGGUCAAACUGAACGUAUUUCCAAAAAAGGAAUUCAUGCUAGAACUGAGAAACCCUGUAUUCAGAAGAGUAUAUAUAGCGAAGUCUCCGAGUAAUUUCUUUCAUAACCUAUGAUCUGACCCUGAACACUUACUCCAAUCAAACCCUAAGAAGCCGAACCUCUCUACAGCUGUCCAGACACCACCCAGGGUUGCUGAAAAGCUGACCUCACUCUAAAUUAAUAGAAGAAAUGGAGCGUCUGAACGUCUCUCUUCUUUUGCUCCUCGUCUUCUGUUCAUCGAGUGCUGGGAAAACUUUCUGGACUUAUCUAGGAACCCGUUGUAUUGAAGACUGCAAUGUCUACUGGGGCGAUUACAAGUGCAAGACUAUUGAUAAAGAUGGACAGUGCCAGACCAUGUAUUGUUCACCUAAAACAGGCGUAGACUACCACGGCAGGCAGUGCAGUGAAAGGUGUGAGAAAACUGGAAACGACUACUAUUCAUGCAAAAUUGGUUUAUUUCAAUUUGGAUACUGUGGACUCGUGUCGAACAGCCUGAUCCAUUAUGGAUCAUACACAGGCGCACAGUGUUUUGAUUACUGUGAACAGAGAGGUCAGUACUACUAUUGGUGCCAUACUGAAGAGGGAUGGGAUUACUGUUCACCUAAUAAUAACACAGAUUACAUGAACAAUCAGUGUAAAGAAGACAGCCCAUGUGAAAAGCGCACUAAUGACUACAAGUGGUGUGCAGUGGCGGGUGGUUGGGGUUACUGUGGGCUCGUAGAGCCAAAGAUGUUCCUCCACAGAUCUAAGUAUAAUUACGUUUGCAUUGACAGAUGUCAGUAUAGCCAGAAAAAUGAUUACUACUGGUGCCACAUUGAAAAUAACUGGGACUACUGCUCUCCAGAGGUGGAUGUAACUUAUAAAGGCACACCAUGUCGCUCAGAUCACUCCUGUGGCUUACAUGGCUAUGGUUACAACUGGUGCUGGACCUCAGAUAAAGAUUAUGAUUACUGUGGGCCGAUUGAACCUGAAGAGUGCACUUACAUUGACUCCAAACAUCGCAGCAAGAGAGCCGACGCAAAUAAUCCCCAGAGAAUUGUGAUAUGCACACAAGUGGACAGAGGAAACAGGAUAAGUACCACCUUUUCUGCUGUGCCAGCACCUAAUGCAAUCACUGAUGGAAGUCAAUUUAGAGAAGAGAUCGAAAACUUAAUCAGCUUCUGGGACAAUGGCAAUCUGGUGGAGCAUGCAUCGUCCAAUCUGAUGCACUCCGCUAACGUCCGUAUUGAUAUGCAGGGAAUCAUAAUCCGCAACAACCAGAGAUACUACAACCUGCAAGUCCAGCUGAAUCGGCCACGGAGGCCUGGUGAAAGCACCACCGUGUCUCAGGCCAUCGUGCCUCAAGGAGUCCCAGCCCGUUACAUUCGCAGAGCCUUUAUUGAAAGCUUCAGGAGACGAGCUCGGGUUUCUAUUGAAGUUACAAGACUAAAUCAGUGCUAGGUUCAUAAGUUGAAAACAUUUGCAAUACAGUAACCUAUGGUAGACAGGGUACACCUUUAGCUACAUUUAGCUUGUAACACACCUCUAAUAAAGACAACAAAAUCUAUUACAUAGACUGCAUGCAUACCAGUAUAAUUCUGACUUUACUAAAACAAGUUUUGCUUAGAUUUGCUUCCCUGAUUUCCAGCAUUCAUUGACCUUGCUAGAUGCCAAACCGUUCCAGACGGACUGAAACUCUCCAAAAGCUGUUUGUCCACAUUGAGUAAAACAAAGAAGUUUUUUUUACACAGAUCAUGGAAUUAAUUAAACUUGCUUAUUUGUGAAAAACAAGAAGCUUGACCGCUUAACUUUCCUGUUAACUGCAACAGCUAUUUCACCAGCAUGGACCACACCACACUUUGAGCUAGACUUUACUGUAGGGAUGAAAGGGAUGGUAGGAGAACAGUGGGAUGAAGGGAAAGGGGGGUAUAAGGAUGGAUGACUGGUGAACAAGUGGGUUGAUUGGGCAUCCUAGGAUGAUGCCCAGAGACUCAGAGUGAUUGAACCCCCCGAUACAACCUGUAUGUAAGAGUGAAUAGGGUUAAAGGAUUGUGAAUGGGAAGCGAGGAAAUGGAGGAGGGAGGGUGGGGUCGAAAGAACAAGAAGAACUGUGUUAGGGACUGUUUUCCUUAAAUAAGUUUAAGGGAGUAGGUGAUUGGUUAAGGAGACAAAGUGAGGCUUGGUUCCACAGCUGAACCUAAAAAGUUAACUCCAUUUAUGUAUGUUUUUGCUGUAUGAAUUUCUAAUAAAACUUUUAAUUAAAGCUGUGUUUAGUGUCCUGUCUGUGUGACUUUGGUUUCAUAGCACUGACCCAAACGCUAUGAAGGGCUGUGAGAAUUUAUUUAUGCCUCACAUCCCUUCCAGUUUCCCAACCACACUGGACCCUUUCCAGUUUGCAUAGUAUGCAAUAUCCAUCACUCUCCAUCCAGCUCUUAUUCAUCUAGAACAGAAAGACUCUUAGAUAAAAACGCUGUUCCUUUACUUCAUCUCAGCUCAUUUACUCAUGCCACAGCCAUAUCACCCUGCAGCCCAAGACUGAUUACUCACUGA